CUCAAACAGCUUCUGUCCUGUGGGUAAAUGAGGUAUGAAGCGGCCACUGAGUCCCUCUCCCCCGGGUGAGAAGGAGCCCCCCACAUCUGGAGCUACGGAGUGCCCCCCUCGGCCCCCAGAACCGCCUAAGCCCAAGCGGGAGAGGAAGCGGCCAUCCUACACUCUCUGUGAUGUCUGCAACAUCCAGUUGAACUCAGCAGCCCAGGCCCAGGUGCACUGUGGGGGGCGCGCCCACCAGCGGCGGCUUCGGCAGCUCAGCUUGGGGAAGACCCCCACAGGGCCAGCAGGCCCGGCCUCCAGCGCCCCCAGCCCCCUGCUGGCCUCCCUGCCCCUGCCUGCCAGGCCUCUGCAGCCCCCGCUGGACUUCAAGCACUUGCUCGCCCUCCACUUGAAUGGCGCCACCCAGCUCAGUCUCACCCCCAACUUCAGCACGAUGGACCCUAUCCAGAAAGCUGUCAUCAGCCACACGUUUGGGGUCCCUUCCCCUCUGAAGAAGAAGCUCUUCAUUUCCUGUAACAUCUGUCACCUGAGGUUCAACUCAGCGAAUCAAGCCGAAGCACAUUACAAAGGCCACAAACAUGCCAGAAAACUCAAGGCUGUUGAAGCUGCCAAGAGCAAACAGAGGCCACAAACCCUGGCCCGGGAUGGGGUGCUGGUGUCCCCAACCCCGACUCCAGCCAGUGGAUCCCCUGGAGAGCCGCAGAGCAAAGCAGUUCCUGCAGCCCCUCCUCCUGGCCCCCAACUCCAGCCACCGCUGACUCCAGACCCCACACCCAGGGAGCCGGCCCACUCAGACCUCUUGGAUCAUGCCUCCUCUUCCUCUUCUUCCUCCUGCCCGCCCUGCUCCCCGGAGCCUGGGAGAGAGGCACCAGGGCCUGAGCCAGCAGCAGCUGCUGUGGGAAGUGGUGUGAGUGGGGAGGGCAGGGGCGAGAAGGGGCGCCUCUACUGUCCCACGUGCAAGGUGACCGUGAACUCUGCCUCUCAGCUUCAGGCUCACAACACAGGAGCCAAGCACCGGUGGAUGGUGGAAGGUCAGCGAGGUGUUCCCCGAAGGGGCCGGGGCCGCCCAGUGCCCCGGGGAGCUGGACACAAGGCCAAGAGAGUGGCAGGGGGCCAGGGGGGCCGACAGGGGCCCAGCGCCCCUUUUCACUGUGCUCUGUGUCAGCUCCAGGUCAAUUCAGAGACCCAACUCAAGCAGCACCUGAGCAGCAGGAGGCACAAAGACCGCCUGGCUGGGAAGCCCCCCAAGCCCUCCAGCCAGCACAGCAAGCUGCAGAAGCAUGCAGCGCUGGCUGUGAGUAUCCUCAAGUCGAAACUGGCCUUGCAGAAGCAACUCACCAAGACGCUAGCAGCCCGCUUCCUGCCCAGCCCGAUCCCUGCUGCGGCCGCAGCCAUCUGUGCCCUGCCAGGGCCCCUGGCCCUCCGGCCUGCCCCCACAGCAGCCACCACACUCUUCCCAGCUCCCAUCCUGGGCCCGGCUCUGUUCCGUACCCCAGCAGGAGCCGUCCGCCCUGCCACAGGGCCCAUCGUCUUUGCCCCCUACUAGGCUUCUGAGGAGGCCAGGACUCAUUUCCCAGCGGUCACUGUCCUGGCUCUACUUCCCCAGAUGCCUCAGUUUCCUCCAUCCCCCAAGAGACUGCCUUGUACAGCCUAGGACUUCCUGCCCAAUCUAGGAAGAGCUAGGCUAGUUUCAAGGGCACCUGCCCUUUACACAGUCUGGACUAGGGAUUCCACUACUACCCUCCUGGCCCAAGGACCUUCUAUCCCCACCCUUCUCAGGCUAGUGCUGGGCUCCCCUGCAUUGCCCAGACUGAUUUAUGGGAACAAACUGAGAAAUCCCAGAGAUCUAUGCAAAACCCUAACCCCAGCCCCAUGGUGCUCUCAUUUCCCCAUCUUGAGACUUAUACUCCCAUGGCCAGAGGCCCUAGGAAUAUUACCUUUGAGCCUGGGGACAAGUCUGUGGAGGCCCUCCCCAUUCACUGGAUUCUCUGGAGAAUCAUUGGAGGUGGCAGAUGGGGUCUCAAGCUGGAGAGGGUUCAAGGCUAUUUGGACAAGGUGACCCCAGGGGAGUAGAAGACCGUGGAGGAGAAAGGGAGCAGUUUUAGUGGGGGCAAAGGCAAGGUGGGGCUGGGGCUGAAAGCUUUUUGGGUUCCUUUGCUGACAAGAUGGGGUAGGAGAGAGGUAGGUGGGGUGAUUUCUCUGGCUGGGCCCAGUUUUAACAGGGGUGAUCAACCCCACACAAGCUCUCCUCUCAGCCUUUCAUUGAUUCCUGGUGAACCCCAGGUGGGUGGGAGGGCACACUAGGUCUCCCUCAGACUCUGGACACAACUAACACCAACCCCCCUGCCAGGGCUCCCAAAGAGCUUUCCCUCCAGCUCCUCACCCCAAACUGGUCCCUAACACUAAAUCCAGCUUUGCCUCCUUGCAAGCAGCACCCAGCUCCCUCACUGUGAAGCUGAGUGUUGGGAUCCAGGCUGACAUACUCUCAAGACCCAUUUUCAUGCUGUCAAAGUUAACAUUACAACCUCCGUCCCACCCCCCAGCACUGCUCCUUCACCCCACAAUAUGGGACUUUGCCAGUAUCCACCUGUAUCUUUUCUUUUUUUAGAGAUUUCCAAGGGAGGACAGGAAGGGGGGAGGGGAGGGAAACUUUUUGAUAACAGUUGUGGUUUUAUUUGUGUCCAACGCAUCAAUAAAUGAGUUCAAGCCCGAGCCUGUCUAUGCCCUAUUU